AUGCUCGAGGGGUUAGAGGCCGAGUUCUCGAAGCUGCUAGAUGGAUCGACUAACACACCAGCGGGUAGCGACGGUGGCGUCCUGGAUGUGUCAUCAGGAGAAGUAGAUUCUAUCAUCAAGGAGGUUGAAGUUGUCAUUAAGACCGUUGGAGCCCUAGAGAAGGUCUGCAAGGAUAAUACUACAGCAGUGAAGUUGGCACAGAGUUUGAUCGACGAGAAGCAGAAAGAGAUAGAGGCUCUUACAGCUAGUGCGACCUCUAAGGUUCCCGCACCUGAGGACGACGGUGCGGACGGUUUUGCUGUUGGUGCGAAAUCAUUUACCUUGUAUGUGGAACCUGGCUUGCCUCCAGAUGCGGCGAUGAAGACAGGGAGUGAUGAACCUAUGGUACCGGCUUCCGAACUAGCUGCUGUGAAGAAGGAUCUCGAGGAAACCAGGGCGGCCCUCCAUUCUGCCAAGGCUGCCUCUGCUGUUACAACGAUUGGAGGAGGUGGUGGUGGUGGGAUGGAGGCAAUGAUGGGAAUGGUCACGGCUUUGAUGCAGCAGUCUAACAAUGCAACAAAUACACAAAAG